AAUUAUCACAGGACACAUCAGCUUGCAGGGCACCAUUCCUGGCUGUUCAAAAUGCAGGCCCCAGAGUAACAGUGGCAAGAUAAUGGGUUGAAAAGAAUUACGGAGAACUUCGUAUUGUCCAUCCUGACUGACAGGAUGUCAGUCAGUCAGCAUUCUCGCUCACCAUAAAAAAUGAUGGAUGAAAGAGAAGAUUUGGUUGAAGAUCUGCUCACUGAGUAUGCCAUACAGCUUAGCAUUCAAGAAUCAAAUGGGGCCAAACCACCGGUGUCUUCCAGCUAUCAUGACAGUUUUGUACCACCUAGUGAGGAAAAUAGGAAAAUUGUAACAUCCAUAAAGCAAGGUCAAGUAUUUGGGCUCCAAGAACUUGUGAAACAGAAAUAUGCUUUGGAUGAAGCUGAUGAAGGAGGGUGGUUUCCAUUGCAUGAGGCUGCAGCUCAGCCAAUUCAGCAAAUACUUGAAAUCAUUUUAGAUGCAUCUUAUAAAACAAUGUGGGAAUACAAAACAUGCGAUGGAGAAACACCAUUAACUUUGGCAGCAAAAGCUGGCUUUGUGGAAAAUGUACGAACGUUACUGGAAAAGGGUGUUUGGCCCAAUACCACAAAUGACAAAGGAGAAACUCCACUUCUUAUUGCUAUAAGAAGGUGCUCUUUUGAAAUGGUAUCCACUCUGAUUAAACACAACUGUAGUAUCCACCAGCCGUGUGUAAAACGUUGGUCAGCAAUGCAUGAAGCUGCAAAACAGGGACGCAAAGACAUUGUUGCUCUUCUUCUGAAGAAUGGUGGAAAUGCGAACCUUAAGGAUGGAUAUGGAGUAACACCAUUAGGUGUUGCUGCUGAAUAUGGUCACUGUGAUGUGCUGGAGCAUCUAAUUCAUAAAGGUGGAGAUGUCCAGGCCUUAGCAGAUGAUGGUGCAUCGAUAUUGUUUGAAGCUGCCGGAGGAGGUAAUCCAGACUGCAUAGCCCUUCUUUUGGAAUAUGGAGGAAGUGGCAACGUGCCUAAUAAGGCAGGACUGCUUCCCAUACACAAAGCGGCUUAUGAGGGCCAUUACCUGGCCCUGAAGUAUCUCAUUCCGGUCACAUCCCAAACUGCAAUCCAGAAAAGUGGGUUAAGCCCUGUUCACUCAGCAGCAGAUGGCCAGAAUUCACAGUGUCUAGAGCUCCUCAUUGAAAAUGGUUUUGAUGUCAAUACUCUCUUGGCUGAACACAUUUCAAACAGUUACGAUGACGAAAGGAAAAGUGCGCUUUAUUUUGCUGUUUCUAACAAUGACAUUCUUUGCACUGAAGUAUUGCUCAAAGCAGGGGCAAAUCCAAACAAGGAUCCUUUAAACUGUCUUCUUGUGGCAGUGAGAGCUGGCAACCAUGAAAUUGUAAGGCUGCUCCUAUCUUACGGAGCAAACGUCAAUUGCUACUUUAUGUUGGUUAAUGAUACGCAUUUCCCCAGUGCCAUUCAGUAUGCCUUGAAUGAUGAGGUGAUGCUGAGGCUGUUGCUCAAUCACGGAUAUAAUGUGGAGAUGUGUUUUGACUGUAUGCAUCAAGAUAUCUUUGGAAAUUCUUUUGUGUGGUCAACUCCAGAGGAAGAGGUUCUCCCCGGGUGGACUUCUUCUGUAAUAAAGGAUAAUCCAUUCUGUGACUUUAUUGCUGUUCCUUGGUUGAAACAUUUAGCAGGAAGAGUGGUUCGUGUUUUUAUAGAUUACAUGGAUUAUGUUCCUCUAUGCACAAAAAUUAAGUUUGUCUUAGAAACGCAGAAAGAAUGGACAGAGAUACGUCAGAUAUUGGAUAAUCCUCGCCCAUUGAAACAUCUGUGUCGUCUGAAAAUACGUAAACUCUUGGGGUUAAGGAGACUCCAGAAACUGUCAUCCAUGAAGAAGUUUCUGCUUCCACCAGUUCUCAAGAACUAUAUCCUAUAUAAAGAAUAUGAUCUGUAUGGAAAAGGGAUACAUUUAGAAUAGUUUUUAAAAAUAACUGCGUACAGUCUGUAAUUUGACUCACUUCCUCACUAGUUUUUACUAGCUAAAGAGCUGCUUGGUGUUUCGUACACAUUCACAACAUUCUGGUAUUUGUUGUUAAUAGUUCUUUUAUGGGAACAAAUUUUUCUUCAAAACUAGUACGUUAAAGCUCAUGUUUUAACACAACAUUGUACUAUCCAAAUAUAGGCUAAAGUCAGAAUAAGGACGCUAUAGUAAUUAUGUAGAACAGUACACUCUAAAUGGGAAUUCAGAUGAAUAUAGGCUAAAAGAAGAAUUUUCAUGAUGGACUUCCCAAUGAACAUGAUAAAUACAAUUGCUGCUCUCAGUUUGUGACAUUAGUUUAUCCUUAAAAUAAAUGUCUAAUGUAGCUUGGCAAAGAAAAUUAAACUGCUAAAUGCA